AUGGUUCCAGUCCUUAUUAAUCUGCAAUUAGAUGCUAAGGCUCCGUCCACGGUGCUGAAGUACAAGUCUGGCUGGUUGCGGUGGCGCGAGCGGGCUCUGUCGAAGGUUGGCCUUCCGGUUAUUCCAGCAAAACCUUUGCAUAUCGCAUUGUUUAUCUCCGAGCUAGCUAAGCGUUCUUCCGAGAAUGACAUCGGUGUAUCUUCUAUAGAAUCUGCCAUUUAUGCUAUUAAGUGGGGCCACACAAUGGCCGGUUUUGAGGCUUGUCCUGUUAGCCAUCCCUUAGUUAAGUUUGCGUUAGAAGGCGCCAAAAGAAGGCUUGCCCGACCUGUUCAGCCUAAGGAGCCGCUGUCGGUUAGCACCGUACAGGCGAUUGCUACGCAUUUUGCCUCAAGCGCUUCACUUUCCGAUCUUCGUUUUUUAUUUAUUCUUUUAGUUGGUUUUGCAGGCUUUUUUCACAUUGACGAGAUUAGGAAUAUAGCACUUUGUGAUGUCUCAAUACAUAGUGAUCAUAUGUCAGUUUAUGUGCCUCAGCGCAAAAACGACCAGUAUAGGGAAGGCCACACUGCUUUUCUCGCUAGAACCGACAAGGUUACUUGUCCUGUAGCUGUGACUGAGCGGUUGAUUAAGCUUUUGCCACAGUCUUCCUCUGCUUUCCCAUUAGUUUGCAGAAUUGUCAAGAUAAGUCUAAGGAGUAUUUUCAUUGUAGUUUGGGUGUUUCUGUUUCCACUAAAAGGGAGGAAUUUAAGAAGCAUAUCAGGCCAUUUGUUAGUGAUAUUUCUAAGUACGGCACACAUAGUAUGA